AUGGCAGAUAUCGGUCACAGCCGCGAUCACGCGGAUCAGCUCACCAGACCGUGGCCCAUGGGAAAGUGUGCCUAUGAAGGAGCCUUCAGCCUCUACGAAGGCUUGGAGGACUUUGUACAAAAUCGAGGAGCCAAGCCUACAGCGGCUCUCAUUGUCGGAGAUGUGGCUUAUGGCGGUGGCGAUCCAGAGGUCUGCAAUGCAACCAGAAAUGCCUUCCAGAAAUACUUGCACGGUCAAGUUCCUGUGGACCGUGUGUUCCCUGUGAUGGGAAACCAUGAUAUCCAUUAUUUGGGCUGCAGCAGAGGUGAAAUGUUGACACCCUGGCUGCCGUGCUACUAUGGCACUGCGCAUACCUCGGUCAUGUCCAACUACCAGAUGACCUUCUGGCUGGACAUACCGGACAUACCGAGGAGCAAGAAGAGUGUCUUAGACGCAGAUGGCAAUGGCUCAAAGAAUGACCCUCCAAGCCCACUGGACACUGGACACGACGUGAUGCCGGGAACUGCUUCCGCCGCCUCGCUUCCCCGCCACGUUCCAGCGAUGGUCGUUCCGCCGGCCGGUCCUCGUCGCUUCGGCCGGUCCUGUCCUCGCUUCCCCGCGGCGAUCGAAGCUUCGACCGAGGUGCGCGUUCGCUCCGUUGCUCAGCUGUGUGGCCUGACCGAGGGGAGCUGUGAGUCAGCUGUGAGUCGGCAGCUGAGGUCUACAUCAUCGCUGGGCUUAUUUCAGGUGGCGAUGGAUGCGAUGGGCCCCAAUGGCGAUGAGCUCGAAUGCCGCUUCCUUCGAGACUCCCUCGCAGAAGGUCGAAGGUUGAAGAAGAGCAUCUUCGUUUACGUCACCCACGACUUCCAACAUGCGUGCAAGGAUUGGAGCCUCAUCAGUGCCAUCGAUGUUUGGAUCACCGGCCACAAGCAUCUUUAUUGGCAGUCUGAAGCUUCUGGCUCAACGCAAGCCCAAGAGCUUCGUCACUUCCCCCUGCGAAUUCUCAUUGGCAACGGCGGCUUUGAUGAGGGUCAGAUGGACGUCGUCAGCUUCGGUCACUUGCGCGAGAUCCCCUAUGAUGCUGGCGGCCAGCAACGGGUGAAGGUUCAGUUCAAGAUUUAUGACACCUGCAUCUCAGACGACUUUAUGUGCCCCAUGAUAGGCAAAGGUGGCCCCUACUGCUGGGACAAGUGUCGAUCGAUCCCCGGGGGUGUUGAUCGUGGCGGCGGGUCUCGCAAAGCCACCCCAGGUGCAAUGGGGGGGUUUGACCGGGAGGAGAGGAGAGGUGUCAAGCAUGGUGUGGGUGGGUUACGAAGGUAG